AUGAAAUUAUCUUUUGAAAUUUCUUCUUGUUAUUAACUUACAGGAUUAGCAAAAAUUGAAUAAGUGAAAGAGUAUAUUAAAAAUUUAUUAGAAAAUAAUACUAAAAUUAUUGUUUUCGCAUAUCAUAAAUAAGUUCUUAAUAUUUUAUAAUAAUUUUUAAAUUAAAUAUUAUGUGUAUCUCUUAUUAGAAUUGAUGGCGAUGUAUCUUCUGAAAAAAGAUUUGAGAGGGUAAAAGAAUUCUAAAAUAAUCUUAAUAUAAAAGUUGCUUUGUUAUCUUUGGCAGCUGCAAGUACUGGAUUGACCUUAACAGCAAGUUCAAAUGUUGUAUUUGCCGAAGUAUAUUUUUUAAAAUUAUAUACAUUAUACAAAUUUUUAUCAUAGCUCGAUUGGACCCCUGCUAUUAUGUGCUAAGCUGAAGAUAGAGCACAUAGAAUUGGAUAAAAAAAUAAUGUUUUAUGUCAUUAUAUUUUAGGUUAGAAUACUUUGGAUGAAAUUCUUUAUUAAAAAUUAGAAAAAAAAACUUUUACUAUAAGCUAAAUUUUGGAUGGAGAAUAAAAAUAAUUUGAUAAUUAGAAAGAAAAUCUAUAAAUAUAAUCUGAAUUAUAACCUAAUAUUAAUUAAAAUUAAUCUAUUUAUCAUAAUACUAUUUAAAUUUAAUAAUAAAUUACUGUUUAAAAUGUUAAUUUAUUAUAAGAAAAAAAAGAUUUUCAAUAAAAUAAUAGUUAAAAUAAAGAAAACAAGAAUUUUAUUAAAUAAGAUAUUAUUAGUAAAUAAGAUACAUUGAAUAUAAAAAAAAAUGAUGAUGAUUAUGAUGAAGAAGAAGAAAUUUUUAUUUAAAACUUGGUAUAAUAUAUUUAUAAUAUAAAAAUGAUUAAAUAUAUAUAUAUACAUAUAUUAUUUAGAUUUAAAAUAUAAAAAAGGAAAAAUUAGUUUAAAACAAAAAUAAUCAGUAAGAAGAUAUAAAAUAAAAUUAAAAAUAAAGUAUAUUAAAUGGAGAUAUGA